ACAACCCACCGUUCCAGGGGCGGGGCCGUCUCCCUUAUUCCAGCAGCGGUUCACCCAAGGUGAGACUGUCAGUCUGAAAAGGGAUCUUCCGUGGCUGUCAGGAACCAAGGACGCGGACAGGAGACCAGGGUUUGCUCCAACUUCAGGAGAGUUCCCAUGAUGCUGCCUCAGCAUCUGAAGCAAAUCAGAGUCCUCAUGCUUAACGAAAAGGAAAAUUUGGAGAGAACUCUGUUCAGACUUGAACAAGGAUUUGAGCUCCAAUUUCGCCUGGGCCCAACCCUACAAGGAAGAAGGGUUAUAGUUCAUACCAACUACCCACUCUACGGACAGAAGUUCAUUCGAAACAACUUCCGUGUUUUAGCAUGGAACUACCCAACAGGCAGAGAGGAUGACUCCGAUAAGUACUGCUCCCUGGAAAUCAACAUCGCUGGGUCCUACGAGUACUAUUUCGGAUAUGCAGGCGUGGAGAGGUUAGGAGGUGGCUACAUCGUGGUUGACCCCGUUCUUCGGGUUGGAGAAGACAACCAUGUCCUCCCACUGGAUUGCAUCACCAUCCAGACGUACCUGUCCAAAUGUCUGGGACACCUAGAUGACUGGCCAGACAGGCUAAGAGUAGCCAAGGAGUCAGGUUACAAUAUGAUCCACUUCACUCCACUGCAGACUUUGGGGGAGUCUAGGUCUUGUUACUCCUUAGCUGACCAGCUCACUUUCAGCCCAGAGUUCAGCCCUGAUGGCAAGAGUUACACCUGGGAAGAUGUGGGAGGACUGGUUGAGAAACUGAGGACUGAAUGGAAUAUGGUGUCCAUCACUGAUGUGGUGUAUAAUCACACUGCUGCAAACAGUGUUUGGAUAAAGGAGCAUCCAGAGUGUGGCUAUAACCUGGUGAACUCUCCUCACCUGCGUCCUGCCUGGGUCUUAGACAGAGCUGUCUGGCAUUUAACCACCAGAGUAGCAGAUGGACGCUACAAAGAGAAGGGACUUCCUCCUGAUAUUAUCAGUGAGAGCCAUCUAAAUGCCCUUCGCAGUGUAUUUUGGGAAGACAUUUUUCCGCAGAUCAAACUUUGGGAGUUCUACCAGAUCAAAGUGGAAAAUGCAGUGGAGCAGUUCCGAAUUCUGCUGCAAAAUGGUAGUAAGCCGGAUCAGAGUAAGACGAAAGGAAAAAAAGGAUUGAAGAUCAUUCAAGACCCCGAGUACUGUCGUUAUGGCAACACAGUGGACAUGGACUCAGCUUUAGAGACAUUUAUACCUCAAAGCUCUUCCCCACAACAUAUUGAAGAGAGCUGUGGUUGGCUGAAACAGAGGUUGACUGAGCUGAAUAAAGAGCAGUACCACAUCGUACACCAGCAUCAGGAGCAGGCAGUCAACUGCAUUGUGGGGAACAUUGUGUAUGAACGGCUAGCUGACCAUGGACCUAAAUUGGGUCCUAUUACACGAAAAAGCCCUCUAGUCACCAGCUAUUUCACCUUCCCCUAUGUGGAAAUGACUUUAGACCAGGAGAUGGAGUUUCUAAGCCAGCCGGAUAAGAUGUGCCACUUCUUGGCUCACAAUGGCUGGGUUAUGGGGGAUGAUCCACUGCGCAACUUUGCUGAAUCAGGGUCCAAUGUGUAUCUGCGUCGGGAGCUGAUCUGCUGGGGAGACAGUGUCAAACUCCGCUAUGGGAAUGGACCUGAGGAUUGCCCCUACUUGUGGGAGCACAUGCAGAAAUACACAGAAAUUACUGCCAAAUAUUUCCAUGGAGUCCGGUUGGACAACUGCCACUCUACACCCUUGCAUGUUGCUGAGUUCAUGUUGGAUGUGGCCAGACGCGAGUGUCCUAGCCUGUAUGUGGUUGCGGAACUGUUUACUGGCAGCGAGGAGCUGGAUAACAUCUUUGUUACCAGACUAGGAAUUACAUCGCUUAUACGAGAGGCCAUGUCAGCUGGUGACAGCCAUGAAGAGGGCCGACUGGUCUACCGUUACGGUGGAGAGCCAGUUGGAGCCUUCGUUCAGCCCAGCCUGCGUCCUCUGAUGCCCUCCAUUGCUCAUGCCAUGUUCCUGGAUGUGACCCACGAUAACGAGUGCCCCAUUCAGGUGCGGUCAGCUCUAGACUCUUUGCCCAGUUCUGCUAUUGUCUCCAUGGCCUGCUGUGCCACUGGCUCCACCAGAGGAUAUGAUGAACUGGUGCCACAUCAGAUAUCUGUGGUGAAGGAGGAGCGUUUUUACUCCAAGUGGAAUCCCUCGGCAGCACCCACCUCCAUUGGUGAAGUUGGGCUUCAUAGUGGCAUCAUCGCUGGGAAACUGGCUCUUAACAAACUGCACCAAGAGCUGGGAGCCCAAGGAUUUAUACAGGUGUAUGUGGAUCAAAUUGAUGCAGAUAUUGUUGCAGUUACUCGUCAUUGCCCCAGCACACACCAGUCUGUGGUGACUGUCAGCAGAACAGCCUUCAAGGACCCCAGAACCCACCAGUAUGACAACUAUGUCCCAUCUAUGUUCAUACCUGGCAAGAUUGAAGAAAUUGUAUUAGAAGCAAGAACAGUGGAAAGAGAGAGUAGGAGUUAUCAGAAGGAUGAGGAAUACAUAAACGGCAUGCUAGAAUACACCGUGGAAAUAAAACGGCAUAUACCGAUUGAGGAGAGUGCAGUAGUGAAACAUGCUGGAGUGACCUCUAAGGGCCGGUCGGAGUUUGUGCAAGAAAUUCAGUUCCAGAAAUUGACACCCGGCAGCGUCAUUUCCUUCAGAGUUAGUUUGGACCCCAAAGCGCAGAAGCUGGUGGGCGUUUUGAGGUUUUAUCUGUCCCAGUUUAGUCCAAAGUACAGGAGGGGCAGUGCACCUGAUGAAAAGCCACCAGAGGUGCUGCAGAAGCCCCUUGCACAGUUGAUGGCCAAGCUGACACUAGCAGACAUGAACAUCUUGCUGUUUCGCUGUGAAGCGGAAGAACAAGAGGACGGUGGAGGCUGUUACAGCAUUCCAGGCUGGGAGAGCCUGAAGUAUGCAGGACUCCAAGGUCUGAUGUCGGUGCUUGCUGAUAUCCGUCCCAACAAUGAUCUGGGUCAUCCUUUGUGUGCUAACCUUAGAGACGGAGACUGGCUCAUGGACUUUGUCUCCAACAGGCUGAUACACAGAGAUGGACCUCUGGCACAGGUGGGUCACUGGUUGGGAGCCAUGUUUGACUACCUGAGGCAUUUCCCUCGAUACCUCAUCCCUUGUUACUUUGAUGCCAUCCUGGUGUCGACCUACACCACAGCUCUUGAUGCCACGUUUAAACUCAUGUCGAGCUUCAUCGAAAAAGGUUCCACUUUUGUUCAUCACCUGGCGCUUGGCUCGGUUCAGAUGUGUGGUGUUGGACGUUGUCCGGCUCUGCCUCCCAUUUCAACUAAAGUGCCCGAUGUCCCGUACCGCAUCAGUCCCGUCACCGGAGAGGAGGAGCAGUGCUGUGUCUCACUGGCAGCAGGUCUUCCUCACUUCUCUGCUGGAAUUUUCCGUUGUUGGGGCAGAGACACUUUCAUUGCUCUCAGAGGACUCAUGCUUAUCACAGGGAGACACACUGAGGCUCGCAACAUCAUCCUGGCAUUUGCUGGAACCCUACGUCAUGGUUUGAUCCCCAACCUGUUGGGAGAGGGUUGCAGUGCCAGAUACAACUGCAGGGAUGCUGUGUGGUGGUGGCUGCAAUGUGUUCAGGACUACACCAAUAUUGUUCCUGAGGGAUAUGAAAUCCUACGUUGCCUAGUCUUGCGCAUGUACCCUACAGAUGACUGUGAGCCCUGCAAAUCAGGGGAAGUGGAGCAGCCAUUGUAUGAUGUCAUCCAGGAGGCACUGCAGCGCCACCUAGAGGGCAUUUCCUUCAGAGAGAGGAACGCAGGACUCAAGAUAGACAUGAACAUGAGAGAUGAAGGAUUCAAUGUUGUUGCUAAAGUAGACCCAGCAACAGGUUUUGUGACUGGAGGAAACCGCUUCAACUGUGGCACUUGGAUGGACAAAAUGGGGGAGAGUGACCGAGCGAGGAACAAGGGGAUCCCUGCUACUCCGAGAGAUGGAGCUGCUGUGGAAAUAGUUGGUCUCUGUAAAUCAGCACUUCGAUGGCUUGUAGAGCUGCAGGCUAAAGGGCUGUUCCCCUAUGAUGGAGUUAAAGUGCACCAAGAUGUGUUCAUCUCGUACUCUGAGUGGAACCAGCAAAUCCAGCAAUCCUUUGAAGCUGCAUUCUGGGUUUCUGGGGACCCCCACGACCCUAAUGAGAAGAACCCUGAUUUGGUGCAUAAAAAAGGCAUUUAUAAAGAUAGUUAUGGAGCUUCCAGUCCAUGGUGUGACUACCAGUUGAGGCCCAACUUUACCAUUGCAAUGGUGGUGGCUCCAGAGCUGUUCACGUUAGAAAGAGCCUGGAAGGCUUUGGAAAUAGCUGAGAAGAAACUUCUGGGACACUUGGGAAUGAAAACUCUUGACCCAGAUGACAUGGUCUACUGCGGUGUUUAUGAUAAUGCACUGGAUAAUGACAACUACAACCUGGCAAAGGGCUUUAACUACCACCAAGGACCUGAGUGGCUGUGGCCUGUUGGGUACUUUCUCCGUGCUAAACUCUUCUUUGCCAAGAUGCUGGGGGAGGAGACCUACUCCAAGACCAUCACACUGGUGAAAAAUGUGCUGUCCCGACAUUAUACCCACUUGGAAAGGUCUCUGUGGAAGGGCUUACCAGAGCUGACCAAUGAGAACGGCCAGCACUGUCCCUUCAGCUGUGAGACCCAGGCCUGGUCUCUGGCCACUGUCCUGGAGGUGCUGUAUGAUCUGUAAAGGUCCCUUGAAGCUCUCUGCUACAGAUGGGUGGUAUGAACAGAGAAGCCUUUCUGUAUCAUGAAGAACACAAGCAAGCGUUGCAGACUAUGUUCAUCCUUAGAAACACUGCUGGUGCUUUUUUAGUGUUGUUAAAAGGUCUGUUUCCAACUAUGAUCAGGCUUUAGUGCUUCAGUGUUUUUGUUUUUUUUCUCCUGAAUUUAUGCGUUUGUUACAUAUUCAUAACAAUACUGAUCCGAGUUCAGACCUGCACAGGUACCAGGCUGUUUAUGAUGUUAUUAAAACACAAGCCAGCACUGUUAAUUAAACAGUGUGAAACAGGGUACACUUAGGUAAUGCAUGCUGAUGUUUAGUCUUCUUCUUACUUGCUAAUAGAAGCUGUAUUAUUUGUCUAAUGUUUGUGUAUUUUGGUAACAAAUUUGAACAAAUUAAGUUAAAAGGUAAGUAACAGAUUAGCAAAACAGAUAUAUACCUGCAAUCUAUUCUUUUCAGCCUUCCUGUUGUAAUAAAAUCAAAUUUUGCUGUGAUUCUAUUGUUAAAUGCCCCAGCGGAAAGCUUAACCUGGAAGGCAAAUGUUCUCCACACGUUCCUCCUCACUGAGACAUUGUUUUAAAGCAGCAUCAGCCAUUAUGGUGUUAACGUUUAGGAACUUUUACACACUCUUGUGCUGUUGUCUAGCAACAUAGUCUGUGCUAAUAUAAUAUAUAGUGGUGAUUUAUUGAAAACUGACCACUGGUAUUUCAAAACGCUGUUUCACCACUGAAAAAAAUUUACUCAAAUUAAAGGUUGUAUUUUUUCAAAAAGGUUUUUGUGUGAGUUUGCACUGCUGCAAUAACAAGGCCAGAAGUGUAGUUUGACACCUUCAUCUAAGAUAUUUCCGCAUUUUCUUGCUCUACUGUAGAAUUCUGUGAAUAACACCUUGUUGCUGUGCAGCAGCAGCAGUAAACAGAGUUGCUCCAAGAUAUUGGAAUUUGUAGUUUACAAGUAGAUCACUGGACCAUUGUUUUCGCUAUGUGAGGUAGCCAGCUCUUGUCCUGAGGCCUUUAAAUAACUGCAAUUCUGUUUCCUGCCAAAUACGUCUUCCAUUUCACUGCAGCUUUACUAACAGUGUAUCAAUAUCAUUACUGUUUCUUAAAAAGCUGUUGUAUUUUUUCAGUUGUCUUUCCCUAAAAUCCCAUGCUAAGGUACAGUCUAACCUUUUGUCCUACAACAACACAUUUAAACCACGUCAUGUGAUCUCAGACUUUUUGUUUUUAUGGACAGCUGCUGAAUGCUAUGGAAGCAGUGUUGCAGCUUACAUAUGUCGUACCAUGUAAACUGUCUUUAAACUAUAGAGAUAUGCUGAAUAAACUGUAACAUGACGAAUA